AUGCCUCAAGCUCCUCCCACAACCACAGCCAUGCCUCACGCUCCUGCUCCUCCCACAGAAGCGUCUAGCUCGACAGCCGAGAUUCUCGUCUCUAUCCCGGAUGAUUUGUUCAGCGAGGAAUCGGAUUUCUAUGGCAAUUCGAACUCGUCGUCAAAGUCACACUACACCAAACAGGCUGCAGCGUACGAUCCGGAUCGAUAUUGGGCGGUUCACCAUUGGAACGCCCAGGUCGUCGCCGUGAGAGGCAAGAAAGCCCAAAAGCGCGCGGCUAGGUUGCGGGCCAAGAAAGAUGCUGAGAAGCGAGCACAAGCAGAGGCGGAAGCGGCGGCAGAAGCGGCGGCGGCGGAAGCAGAAGGGGAAGCUGAAGCAGACAAUGGCGAAGUUGACGGUGCCCAACCUGCCGUCGAUCAGGAGCAGAAGCGGGACAAUGUCAAGGAUGAGGAUGAAGAAGCCACACAGUCGCCAGAUGAUAGGAUGGUUGUGGACAACUACAACGACCACAAAGACAGUCUAGACACAACAGCAGCCCCAGCCUCCCCUACACCCCGACCACAGAACUUCUACGAAGGCCAAAAGAAUGCCAAACAGCUUUCGGAAUUGGUCGCCGACUUCCUGGCUCGACUGCCUCCGUCGACCACGACCAUUUCGACCGGCGGGCCGUGGAUCUGGAUCGCCAAUCCGUACCCAAGCCGACACAUAGCGACAGGGAUGGCCAAUAACAACACCAAUAAUAAGGUCAACAACGCCAAUAACAAGGUCAGCAACGCCUCUCUAAGUGACCGCAACCGCAUCAAUGUCCCCGAAAGCGGAAAUAUCCAAACAUUCAAACAGCUCGGCCUGCGCUUGCUGGACAAGUACACGUCGCGCAAGAGAGAGGUCGAGGCCCAGAACCCCGGCAAAGCAGCCGGCACCAUCACGCGCCUUCUGCGGAGCGAACGCACCCAUCUCGAAGCCGCCAUCUUGGACCUGGCCCGAACCACCCACGUCACUUGUGGGAAAUGGAUGUUGUUUCCUAGUCCGGACGACGUCGAUCGCGUCUGGGCUGUUGUGGCGCACGGUACUUGGGACGGCAGGCUGGGUAUUAGUGCGAAGGUGGCGGUGGCAGAAACAGAGACAAAUACGAGCACCAGGUCAGAAACUGAGACAGCUACGAACACCAGUGGUGCCAGUAAUCGCGGCCAUGAUGGCGACAGCGACCCUGCUAGGAAACAGCAACAGCAUCGUCUGAUCUGUAUCUAUACCUCGGAUUUUGAGGACAAGGCAGAUGUCAAGCGCGUGCUGGUGGGUAUGAAGGAUCUUGGAUUGCUCAAUACGAAAGGGGGCGGCUAUGGCUCUGGCUCUGCCUAUUUCCGUGCUGGUGGUGGCGAUGGCGGCGGCGGCGGCGCUGGCACUGGCGGACUCAUGACCAUCUAUUACAAGUGUGAUGCCUACACCUGGCUCGACAUCACCAGUGGGAACGAAUACAAGUUGAAAGCCAGUCUGUAUUGUUCCAAGGAUUUCCUUGAUGAUGGUCCAGCAUUGGGGUCUAGCACGGCCGCGGGCUACUUUGGCUACGGGAAGAAGUGA